AUGGCGGACCCUCCUUACGUCGUGUGGUUAAAGGAGCAGAAGAAACAGGGGAAGUCGCCCCCCUCCAUCAAACGCAUAUCCAAGACCAAACGGGACUCUGCGGCCGCAUCCACCAGCGGCGCGUCACGGCUUGCUUACGAGGAUGGCGCCGAUACCGACGUCAGCGAUGACGACCUCGAGGAGAUCGUCUCGGAAUCGGAAAGCGAUGACGACUCCGGUAACGACAAGGACACAACGGACGACGAGGAGGGAGAGUCCGACGGCGAAGGGAGUCGCCACGAUCGCAGCACACGAGCGUCGAAGAAGGAGAAACGACCUAAACCGUCAAGCAACAAGAGGAAGUGGUCAGAUGCGGAGCUGACGACCCUCGCCGCCGCCAAGUGGACUACGAAGGACGAUCUCAAAGCGAUGCAGGGCAAGCAGGGCAGCCAGUAUUGGAGGAAGCUGCACGCCCACAUCGUCGAGGGGGAACCGGGGUGGAACCGCGACGAGGGGCAGAUGUCUAAUGCGUGGAAACGCCUCGAGAAGCUUUACUUCAAAACGAAGCGGGGAGAAUCGGCAAGCGGAGGCAAAGCCGUGAAGAAGAAGCCCUGGUGGGAGUACGUGUACAACUUGAAAAAACACUCGGCCAAAGCUAAGCCCCACGCCUUGGACGGCGGUGGCGCCGCCAGCGUUGACGUCGCGGCGUACGCAACUGUCCCCGGCUCCAACGACCGGGAGACUUUGGUUCCGCCGGCCCAGGCGCAACAGCGUGGAACACGCCGCCAAACACCAGACAUCGGCACUGCUGCUGCUGCCGUCGGGGAUGGGGACGGGGAUGGGGACGGGGAUGGGGACGGGGAUGGGGACGGGGAUGGGGACGGGGAUGGCGAUGGGGAUGGGGAUGGCGAUAGGGAUGGGGAUGGGGAUGGGGAUGGGGAUGGGGAUGGGGAUGGGGAUGGGGAUGGGGAUGGGGAUGGCGAUGGCGAUGGCGAUGGGGAUGGGGAUGGGGAUGGGGAUGGGGAUGGGGAUGGGGAUGGGGAUGGGGAUGGCGAUGGGGAUGGGGAUGGGGAUGGGGAUGGGGAUGGGGUUGGAGAUGGGGAUGGGAAUGGGAAUGGGGAUGAGGAGAGCGAGAAUGGAGGCGUCAACGUGGAGGAUGAUGGGAGUGGUGAUGGGGACGACUCAAGUGACGUGUCUGACGGAGAUGGGCAGGGCAAUGAGACGGGAUAUGGGGAAGGAGGUGGGAUGGGAGAUGGGGAAGGAGGUGGGAUGGGAGAUGGGGAAGGAGGUGGGAUGGGAGAUGAGAAGGAGGAGGAGAAUGGAGGAAACUGUCAAGGCAGUGGGAAUUAUUCUUCAGGAAGUAGUUAUAUGGUAGGUAAUGAGGAGGGUAUGGGCAGGAGUGGUAGUGGGGAAGGCAAUGAGGAAAGUAAGGAAGGGGAUAGUGAUGGGGAAGACAGUGAGGAGGAAGGAGGGAGUAGCAUUGAUGGGCAAGACCACGAGGAUUCGAAAGGGAGUGAUAAUGGGGAAGACAAUGGGGAGGAUAAGGAAGAGAGUGAUAAUGGGGAUCAUGAUGAGGAGGACAAGGACAAGGGAUGGAGUAGUGAUGCGCAAGACAGUGUGGAGGGAUUAAGUAGCACAGAUGGGCGAGAUAAUGAGGAUUCGGAAGGGAGUGAUAAUGGGGAAGGUGACAAGGAGGAUAAGGCAGCAGAAAAAGCAAGGAGGAAGGAGGAGAAGAAGAAACGGGCAGAAGAGAAGGCAAGGAGGAAGGAGGAGAAAAAGAAACGGGCAGAAGAGAAGGCAAGGAGGAAAAGGGAGAAAGAGAAACGAAAGGCAGAGAAGGCAAAGAGAAAGGAGGAGAAGAAGAGAAGGGAAGCUGAGAAGGAAGCAGAGCAGCAGGAAGGAGAGGAGAAAGUGGAGAGAGGGGAGCAGCAGGGGGACGGGGAAACUCAGCAAGAGGACAAGCAUCUCUUGGAAGAGGAGAUGAGUUCAGAGUCGGGCAACUCAGAGACACAAGGGCAGGCAGGGGAGGAGGUGAAGGAGGAGGGAGAGUUAGGAGAAGAUGCAAGUGCGAGGAAAGACGAGGAUGAAGGAGAGAUGCCGGAGGGGAAUGGGGAGGGAACGCAAGGUGAGAAUUCUGGUGACCCAGGGACUGGUAAUGGUGGUGCAAGUGGCGGUGUCGAUCCUGCAGAGAGAGAGAAAGCUCAGGAGGAGGAAGGGAAGUUGCCAGAGGGGAGUGAGAAGGGAACGGAGGGCGAGGAUUCUAGUGACCUAGGGACUGGUGAUGGUGGUGCAAGUGGUGGUGUCGAUCCUGCAGAGAGUGAGGAAACUAAUAAAGGUGAUGGCAGUGGGGCUGAUGGUGGGAGUGGUGAGGUUCAGAACGGUGAGGGUGACAGUAGUGCAGGGGAGGGCGGAGGUGAAGAGCAUGAUGAGUGGCAGAAGUCUGCCCCUGUUGCUUCAGGCAGUGGCAGUGACCAAAGCAGUGGCGCAGCGGCUGUUGGAGAAGAUUCGGGAGGUGGUGUGAGUGAUUCUGGUGAACCCAGCAGGGAGGGUGAGAAUAAUGAGGGAAAGGGGAAUGAGGAGGUGGGGGGUGGAUCAGGUGGAGAGGGAGAGGGCAGUAAGAACGAGGAAAGUCGAGGGCAAGGAGUUUCAGAGGUGGAGGGAGGAGAGGAGAGCUGGAUGGUUGGUUGGGGAGGGAAUAAGGAUGCUGGUUGGUUGGAGGAGUCUGGAGAGACUGAUGUGACGGAUAUCCGUGUCGCUCCACAGUUCAGAAGUAACCUCAAAUCGACUGAUGCUAACACACUGACAGGCGUCUCAAAGCUGCUGAAGGAAGAGAAACAGUUGCCGUAA